UCUUUCACUCACCCUUCUCAGCUCUGCUCUCAGCCUCUCACGCCUUCCCAGCCUACUCAGCCCCAGGAAACAUGUCUAGCAAAACCACCGUGAGGACCCAAAGCAGCAGCCGCCGGGGCUUCAGUGCCAGCUCAGCCAGAGUCCCUGGGCUCAGCCGCUCCGGCUUCAGCAGUGUCUCUGUGUGCCGCUCCAGGGGCAGUGGCGGCAUUGGGGCAGCGUAUGGAGGAGCUGGCUUUGGCAGCAGGAGCCUCUAUGGCCUGGGAGGUUCCAAGAGGAUCUCCAUCGGAGGGGGCAGCUGUGCCAUCGGAGGAGGAUAUGGCAGCAGAGUUGGAGGUGGCUUUGGCUUUGGAGGCGGAGCCGGCAGUGGAUUUGGUUAUGGUGGUGGAGUUGGUAGCGGUUUUGGGCUCGGUGGCGGAGCUGGCUUUGGUGGUGGCUAUGGGGGCGCUGGCUUUCCUGUGUGUCCCCCUGGCGGCAUCCAAGAGGUCACCAUCAACCAGAGCCUCCUCACUCCUCUGAACCUGGAAAUCGACCCCACCAUCCAGCGGGUGAGGACGGAGGAGCGUGAGCAGAUCAAGACCCUCAACAACAAGUUCGCCUCCUUCAUCGACAAGGUGCGCUUCCUGGAGCAACAGAACAAGGUCCUGGACACCAAGUGGACCCUGCUCCAGGAGCAGGGCACCAAGACAGUCAGGCAGAACCUGGAGCCUCUGUUUGAGCAGUACAUCAACAACCUCAGGAGGCAGCUGGACUCCAUCCUUGGAGAGAGAGGCCGCCUGGACUCAGAGCUGAGGAACAUGCAGGACACAGUGGAGGACUACAAGCACAAAUAUGAAGAUGAAAUCAACAAGCGCACAGCAGCAGAGAAUGAAUUUGUGACCUUGAAAAAGGAUGUGGAUGCUGCCUACAUGAACAAGACUGAACUGCAAACCAAGGCAGACAGCCUCAUCGAUGAGAUCAACUUCCUGAGAACCUUGUAUGAGGCCGAGCUGGCUCAGAUGCAAACCCACAUCUCAGACACUUCUGUGGUCCUGUCCAUGGAUAACAACCGCAGCUUGGACCUGGACAGCAUCAUUGCUGAAGUCAAGGCCCAGUAUGAGGAGAUCGCUCAGAGAAGCCGGGCUGAGGCUGAGUCCUGGUACCAGACCAAGUAUGAGGAGCUGCAAGUCACAGCGGGCAGACACGGGGACGACCUGCGCAACACCAAGCAGGAAAUCGCUGAGAUCAACCGCAUGAUCCAGAGGCUGAGAUCUGAGAUCGACCACGUCAAGAAGCAGUGCACCAAUCUGCAGGCCGCCAUCGCUGAUGCUGAGCAGCGUGGGGAGCUGGCCCUCAAGGAUGCCAGGAACAAGCUGGAAGGGCUGGAGGAUGCCUUGCAGAAGGCCAAGCAGGACAUGGCCAGGCUGCUCAAGGAGUACCAGGAGCUCAUGAAUGUCAAACUGGCCUUGGACGUCGAGAUCGCCACCUACAGGAAGCUGCUGGAAGGAGAAGAGUGCAGGCUGAAUGGCGAAGGUGUUGGACAGGUCAACAUCUCUGUGACCCAGUCCACCGUCUCCAGCGGCUAUGGCGGUGCCAGCGGCAUGGGCGGUGGCGUAGGCCUGGGGGGAGGCAGCGGCUACUCCUACAGCUCUGGUCACAGCCUUGGAGGUGGCUUCAGUUCUGGCAGUGGCAGAGGCAUCAGCAUUGGAGGCGGCCUGAGCUCUGUUGGGGGCAGCACAUCCUCCAUCAAGUACACCAGCUCCUCCUCCAGCAGGAAAAGCUACAAGCACUGAAGUCCUCAGCUCCUGGAUAGGUGCUUGGCCCUCUGGCUACAGAGCUUCUUCUCAGGCCCUCAUCCUCCCUUGGCCUCUGCUCUGUAGUUAGAGCUGAGAAUGGGCAAGCCCCUACUUUCACUCUUUGUACCCCUUCUUCCAUAGUUGCUGGCCUUCAGAAUCUCAAUCUCUGAUACAACAUUGUGAUUUACUCACGUGUAGGUCCUCACCGUAUUGCUCCGUUAUCAAGGUCUUACCUGUGUUGUGUUAUCACUGAAGUUGAACACUGCAGGGGAAUUAUCUACAACACUUUGCUACCACAAGUCCUUGCUUGAGACUUACUUAAGAACAGGGCAGCUCCCCUUUGGUCUCAGUUGACCAAACAAUACCCCAUCUUUCACAUGUUGUGAGACUGUCUUGCAGUGACUGUGAUAGCACAAGCCCUUCAGUGUAUAGACCUAUAUCCCUGUGAUGCCUUCACUACUCCUUGCUUUCUUGUAACUUUUAAAUAAAGCAAAUUUAUGAUAUAA